AUCCAUGUAUCGAUGAUCCGAUUCACGAAAUACUGAUAAAACAAAAAACCAAAAUAACCAAAAUAUUCGAACCAAACCGAAAUUUGUAAUUUCGUUGGGCAAUUUGGGUCUACAAUUAUUCAGUUCAGUGAAUUUUAUGCUUAAUAAAAUAAUUUGUAUUUAUUUCUAAUUCCAUAAGGCUCUAUACCAUAGCUAGCUAUGAUGUCGUCGCUUUGAUACAUUUUAUUACUUCUCGCACUAAAUCGACCUCGCCUGAAGAUGAUUUCUGUCGAUACAAUUUUGAAAAAUGUGGAUGAUCUCACUAAACUAGAAGAUCUCUGCAGAAUGUGUGGUAAAAAUCAAAAAUCAUUUACUCCUAUUUUCGAUGAAACUAAUCGCACUAAUCGCUACAAUUACUACAAAGUUAUCCAGCAGCACUUCGGGGAUAAACUUCAAAUAUCUAAUACAGAUGUAUUACCCUCGAAAAUGUGCUCUAAAUGCCUUAAAUUGAUGAUGUCAUGGCAUGAAUUUUACCUCGAAUGCUUGAAAGUUGAGAAAAAAUUCAAGCGGCUGAUAGAUAAGUUAAGUUCGACCAAAGAUCCAGAGAAAAAAACGUCGGCAACUGUAAACAAUGUUGAACUGAUCGAAGUCGACGAUGAUGCUGAAACCAGCGAUGUUUUCAAAGAAAACACCAAUGAUUUCGAUAUCUCGAACGUAAAUGUUGAAGAAUCCACGACUUUCGUCGAUAUCAAUGAUUUUUCAGAUCUAGAUGAUUCAGACAGUUCGAAUACUUCUGAUCUCGAGAGUGAAAUGACUGAAACGACCAAAACAGCUCACACAACUAAUAAUCAUUCCGAAUCGGCCGGCGACUACAAAAAUCCAUCUUCAUCAUUACAAAGAAGAAUCAAGAAAAAAAAAUCCACCGUUUGUCGUAUCUGCGGUAAACUGUACACGAAUCGUGGUACAUACUUGACUCAUUUGCAGAAGGUACAUUCCUCUAAACGCGGUACCAAGAGUGCUAGAAGACCGAGGCCACUAGAGAAAAAGCAAGACGUAGACCAACAGAAACAACAAGAAUCGCAACAAUUACCAGCGCAACCCCCUCCAGCGCCAUCCCCAAAGAAACCCGCCCCAAAGAAACAAACGAAUGAUGCUGCUGUUCCGUGCGUGUGUCAUGUAUGUGGUAAAAUGUUGAAAAAUAACAGUUGUUUGAAAGCUCAUUUAAGAUUCGUACACCCUUCUAACCCAGAAGCUGUGAAGAAACCUCCAGCACCACCCCAAAUGUGCGAACUUUGCGGUAAAAUAUGCACGGUUAGGUUUUUCAAAGCUCACAUGUUGAAACACGCGAAUCCGGAUUCGGUCACGUGUCAACAUUGCGGUAAAGUUUUUUCGUACAAAUCGACGCUGGAAAGUCAUAUUAAAGUUUGCCAUUCCGAUGAUAGGGCCUUCAAGUGCACGGAGUGUCCAUCGAGUUUCAGACGAGGUGAUUAUCUGAGAAAGCACAUCAGUUAUAAACAUCACGAUAUCAAGUUGGAUGAUAUAUUUAAAUUUAAAUGCGAACAUUGUGAUAUGGUUUGGACGACGGAGAAGAAUUACUUGACUCACAUGAAAACAUAUUCAGAUGGAAGAUGUGCGAAACCGAAACCGAAACCAAAAUUCACACGUAAUCGUUCUGUAAACUCGAAUGCGAAAGCGGAUGCGACCGAAGUCACAUCGGAUGAUACGAUGAAAUACUGGUGCGAAAUAUGCGAUCUGUCGUUCAAGAAACGAAAUUACUACUUGUUGCACGAACGCUAUGUGCAUGUCAAAAAGAAACCAUACUCAAUUAGCGAAAACGCCGAAGGGCAGUUCAUAUGUGACCAGUGUGAUAAAAGAUUCUCCUCUAUUAGCGGACGUAAGUAUCAUUGUAAGACCGUCCACGGUAAAGAGUUCGAUGGCAGUUUUAACGCUACGUGUGACCAUUGUGGAUUAGCAUUCCGUAAUCGUGUGUUUUACGCUAAACAUCGAGCUAAAUUAAACGGAAUGCCCACUUGUUACCUGUGCUGGAAACAGUUCACUACCGAUGAAGAAUUGACCAAACAUAUUGACGUCGAUCACUUAUCCGAUUUGCCAUUCGUUUGCGAAAUAUGUAAAGCUAGAUUCGUCGCAUUAAAGAACCUCGAAUAUCAUAUUCGAACGAAACAUCUCAACGAUAGGCCAUUCAAAUGCCACCUUUGUGAUCAUAGUGCGUCUAGGAAGGAUUCAUUGGCGAUUCACAUCCGAGGAACACAUUUGGGAAUGAGACCCUACCAAUGUGAAAUUUGCGGACAGAAAUUUUCCCAACAGAAUGAUUGGCGAAAGCACACAAUCCGGCAUAAGACAAAAUAAGUACAUUUACCCAAAUACCUAUAUGUAUUGUGUAAAGACGUUAAUGUGAUGUAUUCCCAUUUUUUCCCUCUAAUAUAGUACUAUACUCGUAUGUUUGCUUAUUUUGUAUUCGGUCUGUCAAUUUAAAAUAAUCGACGUCCAGUCUUUAUAUUAAUAAUGUGUUGAUAAAAAUUUUCUCGUUUGUAUUGUGAGUGAAUUGUUGCGAUACGACAGAUUUUUUCAAAAGGGUUUAAAACGAACUCUUGUGAUUUAAUGUUCUAUUGUAGAGGUAACUUUUAAUAUGUUUUGUGUUCAGGUUACUACCAGUGGAUUAUUCAAUAAAUGUCAUGCAAAUCAUUUGUCAAAAAAAUAAAGAAUUAUCCGGAGUUUUCACUUAA